AUGGCGCCAAAGGUAUUCAUUACGGGAUCGACUGGAUUCAUCGGUGGUGACGCGCUCUAUGCGCUCAAUCAGUCUCAUCCAGAUUGGGAAUAUUCAAUUCUGGUUCGCACCCAGGAGAAGGCCGACCAGGUGAAAGCCAAGUACCCGAAGGUUAGAGCAGUUAUUGGCGACCUUGACAACUCGAAAAUCAUCGAGGAAGAAGCAUCGAAAGCAGAUAUCGUUCUACACACCGCAGAUGCCUCGGACCACGAAGGUGCUGCCAAGGCCAUCGCGGCAGGUCUGGCAUCUGGCCACUCGGCCUCAAAGCCAGGCUUCUGGCUACACACGGGAGGUACAGGCAUUCUGACAUACUUUGACGAUUCGGCAAACAAGUUGGGCGAGUGGUCUGAGAAGGAGUUCAACGACUGGUCGGGUGUGUCAGAACUCACCCACCUUCCGGACGCCGCGUUCCACCGCAACGUCGACAAGAUCGUGCUGGAGUGCGGCACGGCACAUGGCGAUGCCGUCAAGACUGCUAUCGUCUGCCCGCCGACUAUCUACGGUAAGGGACGCGGCCCCGUCUCGGGCCGUAGCCGUCAGGCAUACGAACUUGGCAGCUUGAUCCUUAAAAAGGGAUACGCCCCAAUUAUUGGGCAGGGCAAGGCUCGCUGGAACAGCGUGCACGUCCACGACCUGAGCGAUGCUUUCGUCUUGCUCGCGGAAGCCGCAGCAGCGGGUAACCUGUCCGAGGAGCUCUGGGGUGCCAAGGGCUACCACCUCGCCGAGAACGGGGAGUUCGUGUGGGGUGAACUGUCGAAGGCCAUGGCUAAGGAGGCAUACGAACUUGGGUACCUGAAGGCUGAGCCUGCGGAGGAGAAGCUUAGCAGGGACGAGGCGUUCGAGAUUGCAGAUUUCCAAGCUGUGAGCUGGGGCUUGAAUUCCAGGGGCAAGGCUGAGCGCUUGAGGAAGACUUUAGGCUGGAAGCCCCACCGACAGAGUAUCGAGGAUGAGAUACCUGAGAUCUUGAAAUCUGAGAAGGCUCUGCUCGGGUAG